UUGGAAAUAAUAUGUCAGUUUUACAAGUUCCUACAUCGGGGGAUUGGGUCACCAACGUUGAUGUGGAGCUCCGAGAUGGGAGUCUUCCUAUACCAAUUUGGAAAAAGCGGUCGAUUUACAAGAUAUCAGAAGGCUUUGGCAAUCCUGAACGCAAAGAGGCCUACAAGCCUAAGUUGGUGUCCUUUAGGCCCUACCAUUAUGGUGAAUUCCCACUGAAACAGGUGGAAGAGCACAAGCGUAGAGUGCUCAUUCACUUCCUUGGAAGAGCAAACAAAAGCGCUAGUAAUUGUGUGGCUGCUGUGGAGGGAGUGGUGCAACAACUGAUGGGCUCCUAUGAUCAGCUGGAAGAGAUAUGGAGAGAUAGAAAGAGAUUUUUGGAGCUGAUGAUCAACGAUGGAUGUUUCAUGAUCGAGAUCUUGAGAAAUGUGGGUGAGAGCGGAAAUGGCUAUGCGGAUGAUGAUCCCAUCUUCAGCAACCAUGCAAGGCUCUGUAAUCUGCCUCGCAUGAAGAGAGACAUGCUAAUGAUUUAAAACCAGCUUCCUCUUCUGCUGCUGAAGACGUUACUAGCCUUUGAAGACAGAUCUCCCCAGGAUGAGGAAUCCAUAAACGAGCUCGUAAUGAAAUUCUUUGACCCCCAGUGGUCAACCUGUAAAAUGGGCCAGCGCCACCAUGUGUUGGACGUGGUUAGGGGGAGUAUGCUUCAAGUCAUAUCGAUGGGGCAGAGCACGUGUCCACAAAGAUUUAACCGAUCCAGGCAACCAGCUGAUUCAUCGACGGGGCAGAGCAUGUGUCAACGACUAUUUAAGCUAUGCAAAAGGGAACAUCAAAGCGAGUAUGAAAAGCAUGAGGUGAUCUGGCCUGCCACACAGCUUUACGAGGCUGGAAUCAAGUUCAAGAAGAUCGAAGCUCAGAGCCUCCAAAGCAUCAAGUUCGAUAAGGGCUUCCUCUUUUUCCCCGGCAUCCUCAGCCUCCCUGUGAUAGAAGUUGAUGAUGCCACCGAGUCUAAAUUCCUCAAUCUAAUAGCCUUUGAGCAAAUUCAUGCAGGUGCCGGCAGUGAAGUGAGUUUAUAUGUAUCUUUCAUGGACAAUAUUAUCGAUACAGAGAAAGAUGUAAUCCUCCUCAACAAAAAAAGGAUUAUCAAGAAUUUUUUGGGGACUGAUCAGGCUGUAGCAGACCUCUUCAACGGAAUCGCUUACGAUGUGCCCAUCGAUCCAAAUAGUAGUCUGGGAGAAGUGCAUAAGAAUGUGAAUAAUUACUGCAACGGCUGUUGUCGCCAGUCGCUUGCCUACCUCAGGCACACCCACUUCAGUAGCCCAUGGUCUUGCAUUUCCCUCGUUGCAGCAAUUUUCCUCUUAUGCCUCACUGUCACCCAGGCCAUGUACCAAGUUCUUGAUUUCUAUAGGAACUAA